ACUGUUUCCUGUUAAAUCAAAAGAACCGUUUAAUAGAUGUUUGUCUGUGUACCUGCUAUUGUUGGUAGCGGCCAAGUUCUUGAGAGCCGUCGGUUUAUUUAUCUCGUACGACUUACUGAAGCUCAUCCCUGUGGUACAGUUCCUAUUUCUCAUCAAGUUCUGGAGUUCCCUCCCCCUUCUCGUGCUACAAAAACCAUUUUCUUCAGGCAAAAGAUUGAGUAAUCAUCAGCUAUUUCGUGUAUUCCGUCAUGCUGUCAUAGGGGCAUUCAUAAGUCUGCUAUGGCUCUUUGGCCUAACUCUCUGUGGUCCUUUAAGGACCAUACUUUUGUUUGAACACAGUGAUCUUGUGAUAAUAGCUGGAGCUAGUGCCCUUUUCUCAAGUAAUGGAGGGGGACCAGCUAAGACUCGAGGUGCCAUAUUUUUCCUUUUUGCAGUCAUCACUUUACUUCUAUUUGACCAUGAUGAAAAAUUAGACCAUCUCGGUGAUCAUGAGCCUAAGGACAAACACCACACAAUAUUUUCUCACCUAUUUUACCAUACAGUUAAUUUCAUUGGCUGGUCAGACCACAAAGGAGGCGUGGUCCUUCUGGCCUUGACCUUGUGUAUGCAGGUGGGGUAUAACAAUGCCUCCCGUAAACUGUCAGUAGAUGUGGGAGGAGCCAAAAAAUUACACGCCCUCUCUACCCUGGGCCAGGCCACAAUCCUCUGUCCCUGGGCAGCAUUUAUCUAUUUCACCAGAGAGUCAGAAGUGGAGUCCUGGUUGUAUUUAGUCUUCCCCAUGGGUUUAGUGGUGCUUUUUGUGUUUCUGUUAGACUUUUACAUUGAGGCGGUGGCCUCUAAUCAUCUCCAGGGACCCCGCACGGCAGUGUAUGGGACUUAUGCUAUAUUUAUCAGUGCUCUCUUGCUUGGGGUAACUUGGAAUCACCCUAUGGUGUCAUGGAUCACCACGGUAACCAAAGAGAUUAUCACAGAAGACCAUGUCCUGUCAGGAGGGGUCGUGUUUAGCCUUAUGACCUUUAUUUUGGCCACAAAUAUGUUAGGAUGGCCAAGUCGAGGUACUAAAACUGGGAGUUUCAUUGGCUACUCAACGACAGGCCAGCCUCUCUACAGCUUUAACAGCGACGCCAUCGCUCGCACGUCGCACUCCAUCGCCACGGUGAUGAAAAACGGCCUGAAACAAAUUCUAGAGGAGUCGGAUUCCAGAAAAAUAUUUUAUUUCUUAUGUAUUAAUCUUACCUUCACGUUUGUGGAGCUGGUAUACGGAGUAUGGACCAACAGUCUGGGUCUGAUUUCUGAUGGGUUUCACAUGCUGUUUGACUGCUCCGCUUUAGUGAUGGGGCUAUACGCAGCAGUGAUGAGUCGAUGGAAACCCACUCGUAUAUUUUCAUAUGGCUAUGAUCGUGUUGAGGUUCUAUCUGGAUUUAUUAACGGCCUGUUUUAUUUUUAG